AUUGAUGAGCGGGCAAAUCUAGUUAAGCGUUACAACAACUGUAAUGAGGAUAACUGUUUGCCUAUCCGGAGAUUCAUUUUUUCCACUGGAGGUUUCAAAUAGAACGUUAAUAUCGGAACUCAAAAUGCUUAUUGAAGUUGAAAGUGGCAUAUCUGGAGUUGAUUUUGAACUAUCAAGAGAAGGGCAGGUUUUAUGUGUUCAGUCAACUACCAAUAUCGAAAAAGCAGGAAUCAGAGAUGAGGAUCUUCUUUUUGCCGUUCCUAUUCCAAGACGCAACACAAAUGAAUCGAAAAGUGGUGGUUCAUCACAUCCAGUUCCUUUAUUAGAUUUUAAGUCGAUCAAGGUUCCGAGUUCAUCAGGUUCUGGGAUACCUGAAGCUAUUCGCAAGCAUUUUCUGACUGGUGCUUCCCGUCAGAUUUCUAUAUUGGGCGAACGAAAUCCAGAGUUAGCUGCCGUUAUUAAUGACCCAGUUGCCUUUAGAAGGGUUUUUGAAUCACAACAGAGUAUUGCUCGUCAGCAUCGGGAGGAGCUUGAAAACUUGUUGUCUGCAGAUGCUCUAAAUCCAGCAGUUCAAGAAAGGAUAGCUGAGCUUAUAAAACAAAAUAAUAUUGACAUGCAAAUGGAAAGUGCUCUGGAAUAUUAUCCGGAAACAUUUGGCCAAGUUUCAAUGUUAUUUAUCAAUUGUAAAAUUAAAGAUCAAAAUAUUAAAGCAUUUGUUGAUUCUGGAGCACAGAGUACGAUUAUGAGUGAGGAUUGUGCACGACGUUGUAAUUUAGAUUCAUUAAUCGAUAAAAGAUGGGCUGGAAAAGCUUAUGGUGUUGGAACACAAACUAUAAUAGGUCGAGUUCAUAAUGGAUUAAUUGAAAUCGGAGGUAUCUUCAUUCCGGUUUAUUGGAGUGAACAUUGUUUCUAUUCAAUGCUUGUUCUGAUUUCAGUCAAGUUUAUUAUUGUAGUGGAAGACUACAUAAAUAAGCAGAAGAAAAUAACAAUAACUACUGUAAUCAUGUUAGAUGUAUCAAUUAACGAUUAUGUAUCACUUUUACUUACAAAAAAUACGAAAGUGCCUAUUUAUUCCAGUUUACUAAGUGUUCCCAUAAAUGUUUUUCAAAACUAUUUUGUUAUAUAUAGUUUGUAGUUCUUUGAUUAAAAAUCCACUCUCAUAUGUUGUUUAAAUUACGCGCUACUUAAAAUGUCUGAUGUUACUGAUCAUCUGUUUACUUUUGCGUUAUUUUACAACUUACAUAAUCAAUAUUUUUGAUUCAGUGUAUAGUUUUCUAAUUUAUCUUAUUCUAGACGUCUUUCAUUGUACUAAAAGAUCAAUCUAUGGAUCUGCUCAUUGGUUUAGACAUGCUUAAACGUCAUCAAUGUUGCAUUGAUCUUAAGCGUAAUGUUUUAGUCAUUGAUGGACGUAUUGAAGCGCCUUUUCUACCAGAAUCUGAAAUUCCAUUGUCCUUAUCAAAUCCAUCUAUUUUGGAUAAUGAAGAUACAGAUGAAAGGUUUGAUGAAACACAAAAGUUAAAAAUUCAAGUACUUGUUGAUCGUGGUAUUGCUCGUUCCGAAGCAAUAGAUGUAUUACAUCGUCAUCAGUGGGAUUUAGACGCAGCUUUAGCUUCUCAUCUUCACAGCAUGUUUGGUCAAUCCAGAUAAUAAAUUGGAACACCAAUUCCUGACUAUCCGUUUAUUGUUCUUCGUAAUUAAUUUUCCGUUUUUUCUCUGAAAAUGUAUUCAGGGGUUUUGCUAUCAGUCUAUUUUGUUUCUUAUUCAUCUGUAUUAUUUUAUUCUAACUUAUCUAUUAGCCUGUAUGAAUAAAGCAAACAAGUUCAUUUGAUGAUUCCUUCUCGUUUAUACUUCUUGUAUUUUGUUAAAAAACAAUUCUAAGUAAAUUGUUAAAGUUGCCAAUUUUUAAUUGUAUUGUCAAUGCAUGUUAUUUUAUAUUUGUUUCUGUCAACCUAAUAUCAAACUCUCUGUUUUGUAUAUUCUUAUUCUGAACAGAAUGGUUGUAUAGUUCUGAAAUUAUAUUUUUAUCUGUUCUGUAGGAGUUACUGAUUGUUUGAGUUCUAAAUAUACAGAUUUAAAGGUUUAUACCUAGGGGAAUUCAUGUAAGAAAUGGAGAAGUAUCAAAUAUUUGUAAACUUACAAUAAUGAUAUUGCUUUUAAUUGUUAAUCUUACUAAUGAAUCAGUUGAUAAGUCGUUCAAUUUUCAUAAUGUAAGUCUUAUAGUUGAUAUUUGUUUACGAUUAUUGCGAGUAAUAGUGUAAAAAAUAUGAUAAAGUCUUGAUUGUUCUAUUCAGAAUGAUUUGUGCACAACUAACCUGUGGUCUUUAAUUUAUCUAAUCUUUAAAAGCUAUCUUAAUAAACAGAGUACUGGUUAGUGACUAGAAAAAAGUUGUUAAUAGUUUAAUGAUGUCAUUGAAUGCUCGUUACUCUGGAUAGAAAAGUGACUUUUAUAUUUUGACUCAAUGGUCUUUGGGAUUCGAUAUGAGAUAUAAAGGUUUCAAAUUCUUACCUCUGAGCAAGACGAAACAGCUGUCUAAUGCUCCAUUGGUUUUGCUGGUUCUUUAUGAGAUGACAAUUCUUUGUCAAAAUCUUUCCUUACUUUAAUAUUUACGUUUACCUUCUACACUACCGUUUGUCGGAUUUAAGUAGUACGGAGUAUUUGCUUGAAUUUGCUCGAUAUUUAACAGAAAAACGGAAAUGAUUCGACACCACUUAAAUACAC